AUGGCGCCGGACCUCAACUCACUCCCUCCCUCGCCGCUACCGGGCAAAGCCGUCAACCUCACCCGCAAUGGCCUCGCCAGCGGGCCCGUCACCACGGGCCAAAAGCAGCCCAACAUCCUCUACAUCAUGGCCGACCAGCUCGCCGCGCCCUUGCUCAAGAUGUACAACCCGGACUCCCAGAUCAAGACGCCCAAUCUGGACACCCUGGCAGCCCGGUCCGUCCAGUUCGACUCGGCCUACUGCCCGUCCCCGCUCUGCGCGCCGUCCCGCAUGAGCAUGAUCACGGGUCUGCUGCCCAUGAAGAUCGGCGCCUUCGACAACGCCACCCAGAUCUCGAGCGACAUCCCCACGUACGCGCACUACCUGCGCCUCCGGGGCUACCACACGGUGUUGGCGGGCAAGAUGCACUUUGUCGGCGACCAGCUGCACGGCUACGAGACGCGCCUGACCAGCGACAUCUACCCGGGCGAUUUCGGCUGGGUUGUCAACUGGGACGAGCCCGACACCCGGCUCGAGUGGUACCACAAUGCCAGCUCCAUCUUGCAGGCGGGCGUCUGUGUGCGCAGUAACCAGCUGGACUAUGAUGAGGAGGUCAUGUACCGGUCGACGCAGUUUUUGUAUGACCAUGUGCGGCAGGGUCCCGAAGCCAGGCCGUUUUGCUUGACGGUCUCCUUGACGCACCCGCACGACCCGUACACCAUCGAGCAAAAGUACUGGGAUCUCUACGAGGGUGUCGACAUCGAGUUGCCCAAGGUCAAGAUUCCUAAAGAGGAACAGGACCCGCACAGCAAGCGGCUGCUCAAAGUCUGCGACCUAUGGGACCAGGAAUUCAGCGACGACCAGAUCAAGCGGGCGCGCCGGGCUUACUAUGGCGCGGUCAGCUAUGUCGACGACUGCGUUGGCAAGCUGCUCGAUGUGCUCAAACGGUGCCGGCUAGACGAUAACACCAUCGUCAUCUUCAGCGGCGACCAUGGCGACAUGCUUGGUGAGCGCGGGCUCUGGUACAAGAUGAACUACUUUGAGUCCUCGGUCCGCGUGCCCCUGCUCAUCUCACACCCAGCCCAAUUUACGCCGCACCGCGUCACUUCUAACGUCUCGACCCUUGACAUCCUGCCCACCAUGUGCGACCUGGUCGGCACCAAGCCCUCGCCCUUCCUGCCCAUGGACGGCAAGACGCUGCUCCCGCACCUCGAGGGCCGCCCGGAGGCCGGCCACGACGAGGUCUUUGCCGAGUAUACGGGCGAGGGCACCGUGCGGCCGCUCAUGAUGAUCCGCCGCGGCAGAUGGAAAUACGUGACGUGCCCGGCCGACGGAUCGCAGCUGUACGACCUGGAAUCCGACCCGCUCGAGCUCACGGACCUGGUCCGGAGCGAGGCGGUGACGGCCGACGAGAAGAUCAGGGCCGUGUUCGAGGCAUUUGAGAGGGAGGCGCGGGAGAGGUGGGAUUUUGAGGAUAUCACCAAGCAGGUGCUGUUCUCGCAACGCAAGAGGCGGCUCGUGUGGGCUGCCCUGACCAAGGGGAAGUUUACCAGUUGGGAUUAUGACCCUGUGGAUGAUGGGAGGGAGAAGUACAUCCGUUCACACAUCCCGCUUGAUGAUCUGGAGCGCAGGGCGCGCUUCCCUGCUGUGGACGAGUUUGGGCGUGAGACGGGGUCCAUCGUUGUUGCUGACCAAGCUGGGUCUCAUGGGCUGUGA